UUGUCGUUUCGCAAUAACGGGUGUCGGGGACAGAGGAAGCGUGUAACUGUCCCGUCGCGCCAGUGGUCGGGCCGACAUGACUCUGGGCAAAGUUUGUCGGAGGCGACGACAACCUCCGACUCCUGCAGUUGGCGUGCAGGUGAUGGUGUGAAGAGCGAAGGGGAGAUUCGUGCGCAACAAUGCGGAUUUUUCUCCUGUUGCCCUGCGUCCUGUGCGCAACGCUGCUCCACGGCAUUUUCGACGGAACCUGUCCAAGAAGAGACCCUCCACCAGGUGUGUUGGUCUUAUCCCCGGGCAGUGAGCUGGUUCUCACCUGCAAAGGUCAUGUAAUGGUUGACGGAGUAAAGGUCAAUAUUGCCAGAGACAGCUCAAACAACAACAGGAGAUGGAGUUCCUCUUCAGUUGCACCCACAACCACUGGAAACAUCAUGAACGACGAACAUACAACAGACAGUUCUGUAACUGAGGUAUACCACAUUGACCCCGAGGCAGAAGUUCGUACGACGAGAGAAAACAGACUCACAGAUACAGCUUCCUCCACCACUAACAUGGUGCAGCCGACCAGUGCUGGCGGACUGCUGAGGGGCGAAUCCCACUGGGAGGCUGAAGAGGUGGAUGGAGAGGGUGACUAUGAGGAGGAGGAGGAGGAGGGAGGGGAGGAAGGAAGCAGGGUAACAAGAGGCAUUAAAUCAAGGCCUUGGUGGAAGUGGAACGGGAAGACAGUGGGAACAAGCGGAAACGAGUGGAGAAAACUCACGUUGGAGAGGAGAGGGGCCACGCUGUGUCUGCGCUCAGCGAGAGAGACAGACUCUGGGAGGUACACGUGUCAUCACCGAGGCAGAGAGCGGUUCUCCUUAAAAGUCAUUGUUGCAGAUCCUCCUGAGAGUCCACGUCUGUCCUGCUACAAAAAGUCACCCAGCAGUAAGAUUCGCUGUGAGUGGAAACCUCAGAGGCCUGUGACGGGACAGACGAACUGUUACCUCAUACUGAAUAGAAGGCCGCUGGACACGUUCCUUCAGUUCCAGUGCUCGUACUCAUCUCGGCUCUCCCGCUACUGGUGCGCUCUGGACCACAACGAGGACGAGCUCAGGAAACUUCACAUGGCCUACCUGUGUGUCACGAGCAUCGCAGGCAACGCCACCAGCGCCCUGCUGCCCUUCACACCUCUGAACAUCUUGAAGCCGGACCCCCCGUCCAAUGUGAUAGUCGCGCAGGUGGAGGGACAUGAGACGUGGAUGAGGGUCACCUGGUACUUCCCGACCUCCUGGAAGCCUCAAGACACGUAUUAUGAACUGAUCUAUGAGGUCAAAUAUCGGCCUCUGGAGUCUCCAAUUUAUCAUGAGCAGGUGGCAAGGAUUAAGAGUCAGCGCUCCUACAAAAUCACUGAUGCAUUGCCUGGUGUCACGUACCUGAUACAGCUCAGGGCCAAGGAAGAAUAUGACGGAGAGUGGAGUGACUGGAGUACACCCUUCAAUGCAAGCAGCUGGACAGCUCAAAGGAUCAGUGAUGAUCUGAUGACCACGACGUUUCUAGAAUCCGCAGAGGAAGGGUCUGCUGCAGAAGACGACACGCCUGAUGUAGUUCCUGGAGCAGUGGUUGGUGGAAUGGAGGUGUCACAUCCCGCCCUGUGGAUCUCUGGCUCACUUCUUCUCUUGUCAGUCGUUUUGGCGGCCUACAUGUUCAGGUACAAGGACAGAUUAAUGUCUAAACUCCACCGUGUGAGUGUCGUCGUCCGGUCAGGUGACUCAUCUCAGCCUCCACCACCCACCCCUGUUGCCCCGGAGGGCCAGGCCCUGGUGACCUUUAUGCCUCUGUGUUACAAUGACUCACCGCCAAGUGAAGCAGGCGAAGGGGAAGAAGAAAAUGAGGAAGAGCAGAGGAUGACGGACAAAAUAGAAGCCAUGCACUUCAACAACACAAGUUAUUUCUUGACCCAGAGGGAGUGAUCCCACUCAGCAACAUCUUUCUAACUACUCUAUAAAGUUGGAUUGGUGUUUUUCACUUCAGAACCAGUGUCACAGAUGUCACAAGGAUAUUUUAAUGAUUCUCCUAUGAGCGUCUUUUUAGAAGCAAACUCAGAAACAUCCUGUAAAGCCUGCUUCUCUAUCUCUAUAACUCUAUCUCAUGCCUAAAAUACCUCUGAUAUACUUUUGUUGUUGUUGUUGUUGCUGUUGUUGUUGUUGUACAGUAUUUUGCUUGCUCUGUCUCCUGUGCGUGCCAAUUCAAAAUGUGUUGGGUGUGGGUCUAAUUACUGUAAAGGCCAGCAUCUACAUGCCUGAAUAGAAUUUUGCGAAAGGUUAAUCAAUUAUAUUACCCUCAUCUUGCCCUCUCA